UUUGACACUUUUUGUUAUUUGAUUUGUUUUUGACGUGUAACCUGUCGCUUUCCCUUUAUUUACAAAAAUUGAAUAAUUUAGUAAAAUCAAUUUUGAAACUCUAUAAUAAUGUCGAGUGGCCAAUGGGAAGUUGUCGGAAAAAACAAGAAAUCCCAAAAUGGUAAAGUAAAAACGGGAAAAGAUGACGAGAAGAAGCCCCAUAAAAAUUUGCCGAAACUUGAAGAUAUUGUUCCACACUCUCAAAUAAAAUCAUUUUACGCGGGUAUGGAAAUUGAUGACACUAAAAAGCCGCCAAAAGAUAAAAAGAAGGAUGGCGAGAAAAAGGGUAAAAAGGACAAGAAAUCUGAGCCUCCGAAACCAAAACCGCCAAAAACUAUUGAGGGUGCAUUAGAAGCCAUUGACCCAUCCGAACUUGCGAAUAUAAUAACAUCCAAUAAGAUUCGAUUUUCGAAUGCUCCAUUAGUAUGGUUGAAAGAAGUUGCCAGUUUUCUAAAUACAAAGAUACAAAUUGAUGUUGAAGAUCCAACUUUCUCCAAUUACGAUAAUCUGUAUCCAUUGAGUGGUACUCCUGUUGAUAUAAAGACCAGUUUGGAGAAGUUGCUACAGGAUGCUGGGAAAGCUAACAUACAGCUGUUCUUUGAUGUCACUCUUACAGCUUUGGCUAAUGACAUGAGUAGAGGUCAAGCAGUAAAUGGCCAUAGAUUACUUCUUCAAAUGAUGGCACAUGAGUACCCAGAGUUUUGCACAGCAUCAAUAGCCAAGAAUGCCAGUCUUAGGAAUUCUUAUCAGAACAGACCACCUAUUGGUCUAUCAUUGCUCUGGGCUUUUGGUCAAGGUGGCCUAAAUGAUUUUGAAGUUGGCAUGAAAGCCUGGCAAGAAUUAUUCCUGCCCAUAAUUGAGUUAAAGAGCUACACUAAAUAUAUAAUAACAUAUUUAUCUAAGCUCUUGGAUAGGCAUGGUAAAAUGGAUGCAACCAAAAUAAGCCAGGAACAACUCUUUGCUAUGUUCGAUUUGGUAAACAAUAAGAAAAACAGUUUAUCCAAAGAGUUUGCAAGUGACCUUAUUCAACAAUUAAGUAAAUAUAAGGACGUAUUUUUCAACAAAAGUGGAAAUAAAUUGCAAGUUACAUUUAACCAAAUUAUGAAAAAAUUGCCCAAUCAAUACCUAAGCGGCAACAGCCUGGAUCCUUACAAUAGAGUUCUGGUUGCCAGUUUGGUUGAUUGUUUGAGACGAGACGACUCCUGUAAUGCAACAUGGAGACAAUUAUUCCACAAAUGCACUAAACAGUCUGCUACUCUUCUAGAUUUUAUUAAUAGCAACUGGACUGAAGUGAGCCCAAAACUGAGACUGAAAUCAUUGAAAACUACGGUGCUACAAUAUAAAGAAAUAAGUAAAGAUGCGUUAAAAGGGAAGAAGAAAGACGAAACUGUUGUUAAGGCUGAUAAAAUAUGCCAGGAUAUUCUAGAUAGAAUGACAAGUACUAGAAGGUUCCCUUGGCUGUGGGCCAGCUUUGUGUUGCUGGUGGGCAUUGCUGGUUUGAUCGCUUACGAUGUCUCCAAAGCUGGAGGCAACUUCCCCAAAAGUACAACAGGUAGAUUUAUGAAUGAUAUUGGUGUGCUGGAGCACAGCCAAAAGGCCUGGCAGAAGACCUUAUCAACAACAGCCCGUGGAUACAUUUGGCUUGAGACAAAUACUCCGGUAUAUUACGUCAAAACCGUUGAAGUCUGUAAACCAUACUUGCAAUUAUCUAAAGAUGUGUUAAUACUGACAAUGAAGAAGGUCUGCAUUUUGUAUGAAAAUAUGAGAGAGUACAUAAAUGAAAAGACUCCAGUAGUUGUAAAAACAAUAGACCAAUAUGCCCCCGGCUUAAUUGAUAAUAUCCAGUCUUAUGCAUCAACUGGUUUUGUCACUGUGAAGAAAUAUUUGACGGACUAUUAUUUCUUGACGGCUGAAUACUUCAAGACCAAAGUGUUUGUAGGCGAGUGGGCACCCGAGAUCUUACAGAAUAAGACGCAGCUAGCGUUAAACGCGACAAAGUUCCACGUGUCGUCGUACUUCCACUGGUUCAGAGAGCAAGUGCAUGUGUACUCGGAGAUACCUUGAAGUAACGGUAUGUAAAGACUCCUAUAUCACAAGUGCAGAUAUAUGUGUUCUGUAGAAAUAUCUCAACUGUAAGCGAGUGAAGUUAUAUAUAUUUUUUUUUACAAUGAGAGUAAAUUAUAUGAUGUUACUAUUGAAUAUGUAAAUUGAUGAUUUUUUUUUAAACAAAGGUAAUAUGAAGUGUUGUGUAGUUUCCAUUUUUACGAUCGAAAUAUUGUUGUGUUUUUUUUUUCUUGUAUACACAUUGU